GGAUCCUAUUUUUGUUGCCUUUCACUCUGUUCAUGAUACUUGGGUUAGUUAUUACGAAAUGACUACGACUGAAGACCGAGAGAAGAGGCCAUUUCUGGCCAGCGAGGAAGACGAUGCUGACUCUGAAGCUCUGGCUGGCUCACGGCGUAAAAAUGACUCUUCGCAAUUCCAAUUUCUCAAGUCGCAUCGCAUGCUCUUUAUUCUUCAGAUGAUCCUCCUCGCUGGGAAUAUUGCCUUCUUCAGCUGGAACUUAACCUGUGCGAAGAAAAUGAAGACCAGGAAUGUUAAUGAUGGGCUGCAGGUAUAUACACCCGCGCAGUCAUCACUCCAGUACACGGUCGAAGAAAUGACCUUUGCGCCUCCCAACAACCCCUUUGCCGGAGGGCCCAGUCCUGAAACUGACCGAGCGUGGUCCGAUCUGCUCAGAGGUGGUAUGGUCAAGCUAUCCGAAGAGGAGCUACAAAAGAUGAACAAAACCUCCAUCAAAUUGAAAGACGGGAGUGGAUACCUCGGAUAUUUGGAGUCGAUUCAUAUGCUACAUUGCGUGAAACGUAUCUACCAAUACCAAUAUCCAGACUACUAUCCCGAACUUCAAGACCUGCACGCCUUUGAGCCGGGCCAUUGGGAUCAUUGUCUCGAAGUACUACGUGAAGGGAUUCUGUGCAAUGCAGAUAUCACGGUCAAUACGUACUAUUGGAAAAGCCCGACGGAGAUUCAUGGUAAUCGAACGGGGACGCGGAAAUGCACUAAUUGGAAGAAGAUUCAGGAUUGGGCGAUUGACAGGGCAGUUGAGUUUGAUGGGCCGGAUGCGCUUACGGAUAGCUUAGUGAGGGAGGGAGAUGAUGAUUUAUUAUGAGUUUUGAAGAGCUUUCUACAGGGCUGAUGGUUAUGGUACAACGCAGAAUAACGACAGUAAUGUCUGAAGUGUUCUGCAUUGUUAAUGACGAAAGCUCGAAGCAAAAUUCCCUUCACGGCCCUAUUAACUCAUCGGUACUUGCAGCCCUCCCCUCCAUCCACUUAUGCAGUUUAUCCCAAUUAACGCAUUUCUGC